AUGAACUCGCAAGCUUUGCCCACCACCUCUGUCUACGCCACGGACGGUGCUGACAUUGACACGCAACUGCAGCGUAUUAUUGCUGAUCUGCCCAACGUCAAUGCAAAGCUGCAAAAUGCGACUCCCGAAGAAAUUCUGGCAUGGUCGGUCGAUAACCUGCCCAACCUGUACCAGACCACUGCGUUUGGUCUAACGGGCUGCGUCACGCUCGACAUUAUUUCGCGCAUGAGCAAAGAGCGAGCAAAGCGUGCCGGCAUAGAGCCGAAGCACCUCGUUCCACUAAUUUUCAUCGAUACGCUAUACCACUUUCCGCAAACCAUCGACCUGGCCGAGCGUGCCUCGCAGAACUACGCCGCUCCUAUGCAUGUGUUCAGGCCCGAAGGCACGGAUACGGUUGCUCGGUUCGAGGAGCGCUGGGGACCGCAAUUUUGGGAGCGCGACGAGGAUACGUAUGAUUACCUCGUAAAAGUAGAGCCUGCGCGUCGUGCAUACAACGAGUUGGACGUUCGUGCGGUGUUUACCGGUCGUCGUCGUACGCAAGGAGCUGACCGUGCGGACCUUGCCGCUGUGGAAGUCGAUGAGACUGGCUUGAUCAAGGUGAACCCGCUGUUGAACUGGUCUUUUGCAGAUGUCGACAAAUACGUAAAGGAACACGCGGUGCCGUACAAUGAACUGCUCAACUUUGGCUACAAAUCCGUUGGCGACUGGCAUUCGACUUCGCUGCCCUCUGAGAAGGACAGUGGCGAGCGCUCUGGUCGGUGGGGCGACAAGGCCGGCAAAACGGAGUGCGGCCUGCACAAGGACUACUUUAAGUUCAAGGUCGUCGCGGAAAAGAAACUUCGUGAAGCCGAGCUUAGCCGCAAGGACGCAGCGCGCGCGUAA